ACUCCACUCGCGUUCGCAUCGCAUACCGAUCGACCCCGGCAUGUGUGCUGUGUAAAUUUCUCGAACCCGUAUACAUCAUCAGAUAGAAGCUUAAAAAACGAUGAAUCCUUGCAAGAAUUAUUAGUAUUCACACCGUAACAUAAAACUAUCCGAGUCACUGGUGGUAAUAUAGUGAAUUCAUCAACCGCAGACGUAGCUAAAGCCUAAAUUCGAAAUGGCAAAUUGCCUCCGAAGAAGUGUUUGUUCACCUUUUGCCUCGACGAUUGGACGCUUUUUCAACACACACCGAACGGUUGCAUCAGCAGCGCUAGCAACCGAAUGCCGUCGGCCUGUUCCGGUGUGUCCUUUCCCUAGCUACAAACCGCUUGUAGUGGAACCGAUGGUUAAAACUCCUGUUAAUCUUACCGGCCAAGCGCCAGUAGCUUUUGAGGUUUACAGCAGUAAUUUAGAACCGCCGCAGCUGGCAGCCACGGAACGGUUCCAGGCGAGCCCAAACGAUCAGAAGGAAAGUAACCCUCAAACGGAUGGCAACGGACCCUCGGAGGCUCAGCUGCAGCGGGUGUUUGAUACACUCGCUAAUACACUACCAAAACUAUUUAUUCAACCGUUGGAUUAUUCCAUCUACAAUCCUAACUUAAUUUUCGAGAAUAAUAUUCGCGGCAUGCGGACAGAAGGAUUGUACCAUUAUGUAAAGCAGAUUGCCCUGCUGCGGACGGUCGGGCACCUGAAAUAUGCCUACGUGACACUGGAGGUGCUAAAAAUAACCAAACAUCCGGAGGAUAACACUAUUAAGGUACGAUGGCGGAUAAAGGGCAUCAGCGCCCUGAAGGUCAUGUUUCAGUUCUGGAAGUACAAACUCUGGAAGCUGAAGGAAAUUUUCGAAACCACAGAAGCGUGGUACGAUGGUUUCUCGGUAUUUCACGUUGGUCCCGAUGGGCAGGUGUGGAAACACGUGGCGGAUAAGAUGAUGCCGGAUGACGAUAAGGUGAUUGUUCCGCCUAAAGCUGUUGUUUCUCCCAAACUGGCCCUGUUUGUGGGGCUAACGGUUGAGAUUAGUCCCAUCGUGAGUUGCGUCAAUUGACGGUGCGUGGCUUUCUCCGGCUAGGUUGUAUUAUAGUUUAUUCUGGCCGAUUUGUAGUCACGUUAUAUUGUUACGAGCUUAUGUGCACCUUCGCUACUUAAGGCCAGCGUUCUUGUGUCGUUCGAUUCGGGGUGUCAGUCGUCGAUUGAUUGAUUGUUUUUUAGCUGCGAGUUUGAAGGAGUGAUGAAAGAUAACAAACAGACAUUUGCAUUCACGGUGCAAAUUUAAAUAUACUCGGAACCUAAAUCAAAA